AUGUCUGCCAAUUCAUCUUCAGUGAAUUUUUUUAUACUGGCGACCCUGGGCUUACCUCCAACCCAUAUUUAUCCAGCAUUUAUAUUUGGAACACUUACCUAUUUUAUUAUUGUAUUCUGCAAUUCACUGGUCGUAUUGACAAUUGCAGUGAGUAAAAGGCUACAUAGACCUAUGUUUCUUCUGCUUAUUAAUCUGCCUAUCAGUGACAUUCUCGGCGCAUCAGGUUUUUUCCCUCAGCUUGUUUUCAGCAUUUUGACACAGAACAGAAUUAUCUCCACUUCUGCAUGUAUAACUCAAGCUUUUCUCAUCCAUCUGUACGGUGCUGGAAACCUUCUGAUAUUAAGUGUCAUGGCAUAUGAUAGAUACAUUGCAAUAUGCAAUCCACUUAAAUAUAAUACUAUCAUGACUUCAAAUUUUGUUAUCAGAAUAAUCUCUCUUAUAUGGCUUUUAGAUUUCGUAGUUAUUACCUUACUGUUUGCUUUAACUUUACGGUUUAACAUUUGUAGGACAGAUAUUGAAGAUCUGUAUUGUAACAAUCCAUCAUUUCAAAAAUUGUCCUGCGGGGACAACCGUGUAAGCAACUAUUAUGGAAUAUUCAUAACAUGCAUGCUUAAUGGAGGCUCACUGUUAAUAAUAGCUUACACAUAUGCACAGAUUUUGCGUACAUGCGUUAUGAAUAAUAACACUGACAGCAGGAAAAAAGCGUUUCAAACAUGUGGAACCCAUUUAGUCGUUUUUUUAGUCCUGCAAAUUAAUAGUGCCUUUACAAUCAUCUCUCAUCGCUUUCAGAACGUGUCCCCUUUUCUGAGAAGGGCUUGUGGGGUGUCUAUUCUGAUCUUUCCACCAUUAUUGGACCCAAUAAUAUAUGGACUUAAAACCAAAGAACUAAAGAAAAGUAUAAUAACAUUUCUUAAAAGGCAAGUGGGACUAACAAAGUAG